UUAACAACAGAGGACCAUAAGAUGGGAGCACAGGAGCCCUGAAGUUGUCCAUCAACAGGUAGCGGCAGACCAAGCAAGUGCUCAUGGCCUAAUCAUAGGCUUCCCCACUACGCUCUUUGAUCUUUUCUUUCUGAGAAUUCAAAUAUUUGCCAAGAAAGAGCAACUGUUGCUGAAACACUGAAGUCCUAUUUGUUCCACCUGAGAGAUGACAAUGCAUGAUUGUCUUUACACAACAGCCAAGAGGCAACAUCAAAACGUUAACAACUCAACUCACAUGUGGAUUGCAAGCUCCUGAUUCUUCUUCGAGCAUCAGACUGAGCUAUGCUACGUGUUCACUGCCGCUGACAAUGACCAUGACCCUUCACACAAAAACCUCCGGUGUUGCCUUGCUGCACCAGAUACAAGGCAAUGAACUAGAGACUCUCAGCAGACCUCAGUUGAAGAUUCCUCUGGAACGACCGAUCAGCGACAUGUAUGUGGACAGCAACAAGACUGGGGUCUUCAACUACCCAGAAGGCGCUGCUUAUGACUUUUCCACUGCCGCUCCGGUGUACAGCUCAGCCAGCCUCAACUAUGCCCCCACAACAGAAUCGUUUGGGUCCAGCAACCUGGGAGGAUUUCAUUCUCUGAAUAACGUGCCUCCAAGCCCUGUUGUGUUUCUACAGACGGCACCGCAGCUCUCACCAUUUAUUCAUCACCCCAGCCAGCAGGUCCCUUACUACCUUGAGAACGAAUCGAGUAGCUUUGCAAUGAGAGAAGCUGCACCAACUGCCUUCUACAGGCCAGGCACAGAGAACCGACGUCACGGUGGAAGGGAGCGAAUGUCCAGCACCACUGAAAAGACGAACGUGUCCAUGGAAUCCAGCAAGGAGACCCGCUACUGUGCUGUGUGCAAUGACUAUGCCUCGGGCUACCAUUAUGGUGUUUGGUCCUGCGAAGGCUGCAAGGCCUUCUUCAAGAGAAGUAUUCAAGGUCACAAUGACUACAUGUGCCCUGCUACAAACCAAUGUACCAUUGACAAGAACAGACGGAAGAGCUGCCAGGCUUGCAGGCUCCGAAAAUGCUAUGAAGUUGGAAUGAUGAAAGGUGGAAUUCGGAAAGACCGCAGAGGUGGCCGUAUCCUGAAACACAAACGGCAGAGAGAGGAGAAUGCAGGGGCUGUGGCGGAGGUGAGGAAUCCCAGCCUUUGGUCAAGCCCCCUGGUGAUGAAGCAUACCAAAAAGAACAGUCCAGCCUUGUCUCUCACUGCAGACCAGAUGGUCAGUGCCUUGCUAGAGGCCGAGCCACCUGUGGUCUACUCAGAGUAUGAUCCUAGCAGACCUUUAAAUGAAGCUUCUAUGAUGACGCUGUUGACCAACCUUGCGGACAGAGAACUGGUGCACAUGAUCAAUUGGGCUAAAAGAGUUCCAGGAUUUGUGGAUUUAUCACUCCAUGAUCAGGUCCAUCUACUGGAAUGUGCCUGGUUAGAGAUACUGAUGAUUGGCUUAGUGUGGCGAUCCAUGGAGCACCCAGGAAAGCUGUUGUUUGCCCCUAACCUAUUACUGGACAGGAAUCAAGGAAAGUGUGUGGAGGGGAUGGUGGAAAUAUUCGACAUGCUACUGGCAACCUCCUCUCGCUUUCGAAUGAUGAAUGUCCAGGGGGAAGAAUUUGUGUGCCUUAAAUCCAUCGUCCUACUCAAUUCUGGUGUCUACACCUUUCUUUCCAGCACAUUAAAAUCACUGGAAGAAAAAGAGCACAUCCAUCGUGUUCUAGAUAAAAUCACCGAUACUUUGAUACAUUUGAUGGCCAAAUCGGGUCUCAAUUUGCAGCAGCAGCACAGGCGAUUGGCUCAGCUCCUUCUCAUCCUUUCCCACAUCAGGCACAUGAGCAAUAAGGGAAUGGAGCACCUCUACAACAUGAAGUGCAAGAAUGUGGUUCCACUUUACGAUCUGUUGCUGGAAAUGCUCGAUGCUCACCGCUUGCAUGCCCCUACAGCGAAGGAUAUGCCCCAGGGUGAAGGAGAGCCCGUGAACCAGCUGGCACCAGCAUCCACUUCAAUGCAUUCCUUACCACCUUGCUAUGUGAACAAACAGGAAGAUGAAAAUGAGCAGGAAGCAAUGUGAGAAUUUCCAUUUCGAACAGCCUACAGGUUUCUGAGAAUCCCAUCAGAUAACUAUCUACUUCAGGCUUAGCUGAACUGGUACCAUGUGUAAACACUCCAAUAUUCACCAGUCACAAUGAAUCCCAAAAUAUUGAUUGCUGAAAUUGUUAUGGGAAGGACGUUGAUAAUUUUGAACAUAAUAGGGGAAUUCAGAAACAGCCUUCUGUUUUUUGCGUUAAACGUAAAACAAACAUGAGGAUUCCUGUAGUCUCUUUGACGGCAUCAGACUGAUAAAUUGGGUGAGCUUUCUUUUUGAAAUCAAUUGGGCAAAAGAUCCCAGCUGAGUUUGAGUAGGUGAUGUUUACAUGUAAUGUUUAUUUGUUACUUGGUCAAUACAGGAAUUUUACUUCCCGCACACUAAAACAAUGAAGAACGUAGAUUUUGUUAGACCGCUUCAAAUUGCAAGGGAGGAAAAUAAUGGAUUUAGAAUCUUUUGAGACUUUUAAUUUCAGGGAUAUAAUCAAUAUACAGCUAGAUGGAGUUUAUGCUCUCAAACAUUUUAGACUGCUCAAACGGUUAUCUUCAUCAAAGCACCCCUCCGUUAAUUUACUGGGGACUGACACUGAGGUGUUUGGUAGGUACAGUGGCACCCCAGUGAGUUUGGCGUUGAGAUUGAGCAGGUGGGAUUACUCUCACCAAAGACAUUCCUAGCACCUACAAAGAAAGUCCAAUAUGCAGGCCUGCUAAACGUAGCAAGGUGAACCAAAUUUCUGGUAUAAAAUAAUAUCUUUUUUUAUAGUGGUCAAGCAGUCACCUCUGAAAAGGCAGUUACAGGAGGCAUUUGCCACCGAUUCAGAUUUAGCACACAGCAGUUAAUUGCUCUGAACACCUUGGGCAGAAAGUCAUAUUAUAGAGAUGAUCCACUUCACAGGUUACCUGAUAUGGUAUGUAUGAACUGGCCAAAUAUGAGUGAUCUUAUGAGACAGCCCAUCUGUGCUGUCAGCCCCCAGGAAGGUACCACCUUGUAAUGGAAACUUUCAACAGGCUGUGCUCCUCCUGCUUGGUUUUGCAUUUCGUACAGCAGCUGAUCAGCAAGUGGGAUGAAUCCAUACUGGAGCGGCGUCUAACUCUUGGGGCAGCAAAUGAAUGUGGUCUCAUCCCACCUGGUGGGGUAGCUGGUCUCCCGUUGCCUUCCAGAGUGUAAUUUACACCUACAUGUGAACUACACCCAGGCCUUCUAGGACAUUGUCAAAAGCUGACAAGAUCUAGUCCAAAAUGUCCCCACAUUUCAGCCUCCUGACUUUGACAGUUCUCUUUCUUUAAAUAAAAAUUUGCCUAAGGAAAUUAUCCAUGAGGAUAAUUUUGUGCUACUUUUAUACCCCGAAGAGGCUCUAAGCAAAGGCACAAAGGGAGGUUAACAGCAAGUCUCUUUUAAAUGCCAAGAGAUGAAGCUAAACCCUUGAGAAACAGAAUGAAAAUCCAUCAAGGGAAAGCUUUUUUAUUCUGGCUUCAAGUUUGUAGGUCAAACUCUUUUUAUGCAGAUUAUAGGUCAAUAGGCCAAAUGUUGUGAUGUAGAUAAUAUUCUCAUGCAAGCUUCAGAAAAGAUUAAGUCUUAAAUUGUCUGGACUAGCUGCAACCUGAAAACCAUAAAACCAUCACCAUUUUAUGCUGAUUCAAGCCCCCUGAGGGAAAUAUUCCGGUAAACAAAAGGGCCUUUUCAUAUUUCAUAUGUCUGGGGUCAAAAAUAACCCCUUUUAUAGCACGUGCUAGGUUUGAUAUUGACAUUGGAGUUAAAAAGGUUGUAUUCUGACCAUUAUUUUCUUUCCCAAAAAAGUAGGUCUGUUCAUUGCAAUCAAUACUGAACACCAGACUGAAAAUAAUCUAGGCCUCUUAGGUCACAUUUAGGCAACACAAGCAAAUCCUUGAGUUUCUAAUGGAUGAUCCUCAACAUACAAGUAUACCAGUUAGUUCUGCAUUGAAAAGUUAUUAGUGAGUGGGAAAAAUUGUGAGUAAAGGAUUAUUUGUGUGGCACAGCAGCAUACGGCACCUUCUGCCGUGUUUCCCAUGCACAUACUGACCCCAACCAAAGGGACAAGCACGUAUGUGGGGACAGGAUGAGCCUAAAUCUGCAGGGGGUCAUCGCAAGCUGCUUUUGCCGUAUCAUUUCUGCUCCCAGCCCACCUCAAAUCUGUAGCAAGCAUUAAAGCCCUAAUCCUGUGAAUACAUUUUAUCUUGUCUUAAAGUGACAGUGCUCUUACCAAUGUCUCUAUCUUGAGCGUCAGUUCUAGGGGCCUUGCUUUUUAGUAACACAAUUAAAUAUUUGCCUCUGUGCAUUCAACAUGUAGAACAAAACAAAAAUGGUUCUCAUCUGAAAAUUCCCCCAAAUUACUGGGGACUAUAAAGUGCCUUGUCAAAAACUGACACAUUAUUAAAUCUAAGUGCUCAUAUUAUAGCUUAUUUCUAUGCUGUUGGUACAAUCAUAUAUUGCAUUGCAUGAUGUAUAAACAGGACGUCAAAAUGUGUGUGGAGCCAUAUUAAAACAAGACAUAAAAGUUGCCCAUUUUCAUCCCAAUGCUUAUAAGACGGGCUCCAAUCCUAUACAUACUUUCCUGGGGGUAAACCCCACCGAAUCCAAUGGGACUUAUUACUGAGUAGCCAUGUAAAGCAUUGCAUUAUAAUAAAUGUAAUUUAGGCUGCAGUGAUGCACAGAAGCCACAGAACUUGGAAGGCGACUUCGAUCCAAUGCAUGGAGCAAAGGGUGGCGGUGGGGAGAGUGUCCCUGCUGCAGCCAUGCCUUAUGUCAUGCAUCCUAUCUAGGUGGACAUUUUCAACCCCCUGGACUGAGUGCUGAGGACUGGGAGAAAAGGGGGCUGGGGCAUGGAUAGGGACUGGCAUAAGCCAGCAACCUAGUCUCCUCCACUUCCUGUCCUCCCGGAUGCUCCUUUCCUGCCUCUCCAAGGCUUAGUUGUGUCCUUGGGGAUCAGCUGGAGUAGUUCUUUCCACACUGCCUGUGAGAGGGGUGGGGCAGAGCCUCGAACCUGAUGCCUGAGCUCCGAGGACUUCGGAGCAGGAGCAAAACUACCCCUAUGUCCACACACCCUGACAUUAUAAGGAGGCCAUAGUUUCCUUAUAGUGUCCAAAGACAAAGAGUCUUUGUCUCUUCAUCGGACAUUGCAUUAUUUCAAUGUUCCUAUAAAUUUAAUUGCCCAUUAAAUUUUAAGGAACAUUAAAUUUUGUGUAUUACUAUUUCAGUCCACUGGCUCCUUUUGGGCAGAGGUUUAACAUGUGAACAGAGUCUCCGUGCCUGCAAGAACUUCUUCAUUCACGUCAACAGAAAGGACGUUUUCAUCCAGCAUCUUGGGGCUUUCUCUUCAUUAAAACAAAUGUUCAGAUGCAAGAGUUCUGGGAGUGCAUGGAGAACAAACAUGCCAAAUGCUCAGCUGGAUUUCCCAAGCAGAAUCCACCUUUGAUGACGCUAGAUAAAUGGCCUCUUCUUUGGUUUUACCAGACAAUAGUCACUUGUACUUAAAGCGAUGACUUAAAGAGAUGCCAACUAAGGCUACAAUUAUAUGCACACAGGUGGGAGUAAGGUUCUUUGAGCUCAUCACAGGACUUUUCUGUAACCUUGAUAAUUGCUAAACACAUUGAUUUUGAUAAAUACCUAUAGAAAUAAUUGCUUUGGUUUGGAAAGUAAGCAGACAAAAGCAAGGCAAGCAAGGGCGCUGGGUUGGGGAAAGAACCAUUUGCUACAAGAAUGUGUGGUUUACUAUAAUUAAAUUUGUGGCAGGUCCUCUCGGGUGACUUGGAGGAGAAGUGUGUGUGUGUGUGUGUGUGUGUGUGUGUGUGUGUGGUGUUAAAUUUAAGGAAACUAUAUAAUUCUUAUUGUUACUUUGCUGAAAGCAUUGUUUAUCAUUAUUAUUGAAAGCACCUUAAAUAAUGCAAUGUGUGUGUUUGCAUGUGCUAAUACAUACUUGCAGAACUCACCUAUCAGACAAUUGAAUGUAACUGCUCUGUUAACCCAGACAAUAGAUUAAAGGUGGAAUCCUAUGCAGGUUGAGGCAGAAAAAAGGCCUACAAUUCCCACACUGUCCAUACUUGCAGAAGAUUGCACCCUAAAAUCCAAAAAAACACAAAAACACCCCUUCUCUCAUAUGCAAUCAUUUGUGUCUAUUAUUAUAGAUGGUUAGAAAUCACAAUUUCAUACCAGUUUCAAAUUAACAAUAGUCAAGGCAGGACUAACUCAGCCAAGUAUUGAACCUGAUGAGGAAACAAUCCUUUAAUGCAAGAAGGACCUUCAAGGCAGCUAAUUAUGCUUUUUACCAAAAUCCUAAUACUGAUGGCUCUGAAAGCGAUUUCAGUGGGGCUCAUUGACUGAGUUUACAAAUAUAUAUACACACAUAUAUAUAUAUCUUUACAUUUUAAAACCAAACCACCCUAGAGAUAUAGGAAAUGGGAUAUUACUAUAUGCCAAGUCAUAACAGUUCUGAUUACUAGUCGUAUCUAAUGUUAAUUAAGAGGCUCUGUGAAGAAUACAGUGUGGGGGAUUUUAUUUUUUUACGGUGGUAAAUUUUUCUCUUUUUGGUAAGGGCAAUUUUUCUAACUGACUAUGAAAGCCAUUUUGUACUUAGUGACAUUGUGGAAUCUCACUCAGGAAAGCU